AUGCGCCAGGAAGAAGAAAGCAAACAGAAGACCCUAGACGCCACGGUGCGUGAUGACAAUCCGUAUAGCCGGCUCAUGGCACUGCAGCGAAUGGGUGUUGUAGACAACUAUGAGGCCAUCCGCCAAAAGUCUGUGGCGAUUAUAGGCGCCGGUGGGGUCGGAAGUGUUGUGGCAGAGAUGUUGACACGUUGUGGUAUUUCAAAGAUUCUAAUAUUUGACUACGACAAGGUGGAGCUUGCGAACAUGAAUCGUCUUUUUUACCGACCUGAGCAGAAGGGCAUGACGAAGGUGCUUGCGGCAAAACAGACUUUGGAGGAUAUCAACCCCGACACGGAGAUUGUGCCAUACGCCUUCAGUAUUACUUCCACGGAACAUUGGCAGGAUUUUGUGGAUGCCCUGACGAAGAAUGGUGGAGUACAGCCGAAUUCACCUGUGGAUCUGUUACUCUGUUGUGUAGACAACUUUCAGGCCCGCCUUACUGUGAAUUACGCCUGUUUACUUCAUAACAUUCCAUGGAUGGAAAGUGGCGUUGCAGAGAAUGCCGUCAGUGGUCAUAUCCAGCUGCUUCUUCCAGGCGUGACGCCUUGCUACGAGUGCUGCCCCCCGCUGGUGGUGGCGACAGGAAUGCCGGAGGCAAAACGUGAGGGUGUCUGUGCGGCGUCUCUUCCCACCACCAUGGGCAUCGUGGCGGGAUUUAUGGCGCAGAAUACACUGAAAUAUCUACUGAAUUUUGGAACUGUGAGCGAGUACGUUGGAUAUGACGCAAUGCGAGAUCAUUUCCCCUCUAUCACGAUUAAAGCAAACCCGGAGUGCCGCAAUGAGACAUGUGUGCAGCGACAACAAGAGUACGCUGCGCGACGGGCCGCGAUGGGCGAUGCGGCCCACCCACUACAUCAGGCGAAUAAACAACGUGAGGAACGGGAGGCAAAGGAACGAGCUGCAGCGAGGGCGAAGGCGACAGCGUCGGCAGCCGAAUGGGGUAUUGUAAUUGAGGCGCGCGGCAAGGAGGACUUGGCGGUGCAUGCGCCACAGCCUGAGGGCGUGGAAGCCGUCAAUGUGGAGUACGCGUACAGCAGCGGUGCGGGGAAUGCGGCGGAGCACGCACAGGAGGAAUUCGUGAUGACGGACGGUGGAGAGUCACUCGAGGCAUUGAUGGCUAAAAUGAAGGCUCUGCAACACUAA